CUUCUUCAUCCUUCUUUCCUCUUCGUUUUCCGGUCGUGACUUUUAGCUUGGCGUUAACAUUUUGAACUCCAUUCAUGCGAGCGUCCGGACGAGUCUGCAGAGCGCGCGAUGGCCGGCCCGGAGCUCCUGCUGGACUCCAGCAUCCGUCUGUGGGUGGUGCUGCCCAUAGUCUUCAUCACCUUCCUGGUGGGCGUCAUCCGCCACUACGUCACCCAGCUGCUGCAUAGCGACAAGAAGGUGGACCUGGAGCAGCUCUCUGACAGUCAGGUGCUCCUGCGCAGUCGCAUCCUCCGAGAGAACGGCAAAUACAUCCCCAGACAGUCAUUCACCAUGAGGAAGCAUUACUUCAACAAUGCGGAAACGGGCUUCUUCAAGAAGGUCAAGAGGAAGGUGGUCCCCAAAAACCCGAUGACAGACACGAGCAUGCUGACAGACAUGAUGAAAGGAAACCUGACCAACGUGCUGCCCAUGAUCGUGAUUGGCGGCUGGAUCAACUGGGCCUUCUCUGGAUUCGUCAUAACCAAGGUCCCGUUCCCGCUGACGCUGAGGUUCAAGCCCAUGUUGCAGCGCGGCAUUGACCUGCUCACACUGGACGCGUCCUGGGUGAGCUCUGCAUCCUGGUACUUUCUCAAUGUGUUUGGCCUGAGGAGCAUGUACAGCCUCAUCUUGGGACAAGACAAUGCCGCUGACCAAUCGCGCGUCAUGCAGGACCAGAUGACCGGCGCCGCCAUGGCCAUGCCCCCGGACCCCAACAAGGCAUUUAAGAGCGAGUGGGAGGCGCUGGAGAUCGUGGAGCACAAGUGGGCGCUGGAAAACGUGGAGGAGGAGCUCAUGGCCCGGGAGCUUAACUUCGGAGGAAUCUUCAGCCAGGACCUCAAGUCCGCCGUGUUCUAGAAGGCGAUACUAGAACGGGCCUGGGCAAGUAUGGCCACCCGAGCCCUACAUGUCGCCCACUUCUAUCUUUAAGCUGGCACACCAAACAUUUACUUUGUCAAAAAUCCUAUUGGUUGUAUUGAGUUUUUUUUUUUUUUUUCCUUAAACUUUGUUAAAAAAUAAAUUCUUUUUUCAUUACUCAAAUAUUAGGUCAGUUGAUUUCAUGUAAAUAAAAUACCAACAUAAACAUUUAUUGUAAAUAUUUGCAAACUAUUUUACAAACAAAUAAUUUGAUCAAUAAUCAAAUUACUAAAUUUGCAUGAAUUCUAUUUAAAAAUGUUACUGAAAAUGAAAUACUAAAAAUGUUUAACAUUUUAGUGCAUAGUUGUGUAUAAAACCAAAAAAAUGCAUUUUAACUUUCUAGAAAAUUGUCAAAUAAUUGUCUGAUUAUAAUUAGUAAAAUUGAGAAAUGAGCAU